CCUAUCGUCAACAUAUAGCUUCAUCUGCAGCUGUCCCGCCAAAAGCGAAAGCGCCAAAGUUGAAGCGCUUUGCCGCUGACUUCUCGCUUGACGCUGAGUCGCGGCCAUGGACAGGGCUGUUAUACCAGUGUUGCAAAGUCUGAGAGACGCCCCGCGCGAUCAGCUGCAACAGAUCCUUGGCGUGUCGGACAUUGACGGUGUCUACAACGAGGUCGACUGCCUGCGCGUUGUGGAAUACUUGGCUGUCCACAAACCUUCCCUGGAUGAGCUUGACUUUGGCAGCAGCAUUGACACUACGCGGUCUCGCGACGCGGCUGCUGGACGCCUGCCCCGCGUCCUGGCCUCCAUCGCUGCCUCCUUCGAAGGACUACAGCGCCUGGUGCUGCCGCGGCUCUCCUGCCCGGUGGACCUGUCGUGCGUCGCCGCGCUCUCCAACAAGCCGCACCUGCGCGAGCUCGUCAUCACGCUCAACACCGGUGAGCUGAGGCUCACGGAUCAGGGCCUAGACGCACUGGGCGCGCUGGUGUCCCUGGAGCGCCUCACGCUCGACUGCCUGGACGUCGUGAGCAGCCAUGGCAACCCCAGCAGCGAGGAGAGCCAGGCACGGAUCCGGCCGCUGCAGCUGCUGAUGGGCACCCACCGCCCGCCGCGCCUCCGCUACCUGAAGCUCGCCAACAAGGUGUGGUACGACGAGAUGGCCGUGGAGCUGAGCUACGGCCAGCAGGAGCAGCAGGAGGAGGAGGGCCCGGAGCCGGCGCAGGGCACUGAGCCGCCGGCGCAGGCCCCGGAGGCGGGGCCGGCGGCCGGCGGCGGGGCCGCCGGCUUUGCUGGCAUCAGCAGCAUCGAGCUGCACGUGCCUGACCAGGCCCGCAGCCGCCUGCUGCGCCUGGCUGAGCUGGCGGGGCUCCUGCUGGGCGCGUUGGAGGACCUGGGCCAGCAGGUCAUCCCGCUGCUGUCCGUGGCGAGGGUGCUGGAGGCCCACGACGAGGAGGCCGCGCAGCUGCUGCAGGCGCCGGACGCCGCACUGACGCGCCUGGUGCAGCGGUGUGCGCGCGUGGAGGUGAAGGGGAUGGUGAACGCCGGCCGCCGCGGCAGCCCCGUCGCGGUGACUGCCAUGGUGCAGUUGUUCGGGCCGCCGGAGGAGCUGAAGCUGCACCACGGCGAGUGGCGCCUGCGGGAGGCGCUGGAGGCGGCGCAGCAGCCGGCGCAGCAGCAGGACGGACGGGCCCAGAAGCGCCAGAAGGCGGAGGGGCAGGCGGCGGGACAGGAGAACCAGCCGCCGCAGCAGCAGCAGCAACAGGAGCAGCCCAAGGUGCAGGGGCAGGCGCUGGAUCUCCUCACUAUCAAGCCGCAAGCGGUAAUGCGCGAGGCCCUGAGGCAGCUGUGGGGUGAGGCUCUGUCGCAGCAGCAGACCGGUGGCUAUGCCCGUGGCAGCGGCGGCGGCCAGCGCGUGAUGGUGAUGCUCCGCGCCACGAAGCUGCCUCGGCCGCCGCCGCCUGUCGAAGAGAUGUACGAGGACCUGCAGGGGUCCAAAUGGCAGCUGUGGCUGGACAAGUCCCUGCGCAGCUGCCUCAGCAGCGGCGGCGGGCGCGGGGACAGCGGGCACCGCCAGCUCACGGAGUAUGACGAGGCGCACGUGGUGGUGCCGGCGGAGAAGACGUUCCUGCUUGCGUGCGACGACGAGCGCAACGCGGAGCAGCUGGCGAGCCUGCUGGGCGGCGGGGGCUACGGCGGGGGCGGCGGCAACCAGGCGGCGGUGCUGCGCGUGCCGUGGGCGGAGUGCGAGAGCUGUGCGGAUUUGAUGGAGAAGCGGGUGCUGCAGGUCCUUAUUAGCACGUGGGACCGGCAGCUCGCAGCGCGCUGCAGCGGCGGCCGCGGCAAGCGUGCUGCUGGUGGCGCUGCGGACGCGGCGGCGCCGGCGGGCGGGAGCGGCACCGGCGGCGACAGGUUCGCGGCGCUGGGGCGGCUGCUGACCCUGGACGCGGGUGUAAAGCAGCUGUGGGACUCAGUGCCGCUGCCACAGGCGUAUGAGUUCCCCGCGGAGGAGCUGUACUAGGUGGCGGCGCUACCGAGCUGUAUACAGCCUCGAGGAGGAAGAGGGCAGCAACCAGCAUGACAAUGCCUGAAGCGAUAAGGGUGGGCGCGGGAAGACCGCCAGUGUUGAUUGUGGUGUGGCCACGGGCUACUGCCAGGCUGUGCUACUGCCAAACGUUUAACAUUUGCUGGUGAUUACAUCUGUGUCGCAGGAUAAGGUAGAUGCAUGGCCAGGCUGUUGCUGUACGGGAUGUGCCAACGGUACAUGGAAAAGAGGAGAGGGCCGCAAUGGCGGUGUGCGGUGGUUUGUGCAUGGGCAUGCUUGCAGUGUUCGGCUCUGUAUUGUUCAGUGAUGGUCUGGCGUGCGCCCAGGUACUCCAUCUGUAUAAAGUAGUAGAUAGGCUGUGGGUUAGAUAGACAGCUGGGCGGAUGUGCAACAGAUGGCACGGCACGGGGCUCACUUGUACUAUGCACUCUGAGAUUGAGAACUGCCGCGGCCGGCCAUGUGAGGUCAAGAAUGGUACCUGCGCGCGUGGCGCCGUGGCUGUUAUAACGCAUCUACGCAAUCCUCCAUACAUGUCUUGAUGCACUUGAAUGGAGCUCUUCACUUGAUAUGUAGCGGCAGCCGUGGCGCUAGGCCAUUUGCUGAGU